AUGACAUUGGUGAAAAACGUCCAUGCACUGAUAAAAGACAAGGUGUCCCUUCAACAAAGUCUUGCGUCUUCAGAAAGUGAGAUUUCUUCGCUUAAAGAAACAACCAUCAGAGAAAUAGCCGAGUUGAAGAAAGAGGUGCGAUCGCUUAAGCUGGAAAAUAAUCGAUUAAGCAACAAAGUAACCAUAUGUAAUGAGAAUACUGAGUCGUUAAAAGAAAAUUUAACAGUAGUUGACGCCAGGCGCCGAGUGUUCAAAACACAGCUGCUAAAGGAAAAACAAGUGUUUGAACAGAACACGUCCGGUAUCUUAGCAGACAUUAAAACUGAAGUUCGGUAUUUGUCCAUUACGCUUCUGGACCUCCAAAAACACAGUCUGGAAAUCGACAAGAAUAUUCCGGAACUUAUUGACAACAGACACGAGUUGAUAUCAGGUAGACUUAAUGAAUCUCUGGAGGCUUAUAACACAGAACUGAGAUCAGCCAACGAUAAACUGAGUUUGGCUCUACAGAAAAGUCAACAGACCAUGACAGAUUCCUUAUCUGAUCAUAUGAACAACACAAUGGAAGACCUACAGUCGGAACUCAAACAGACUCAGUUUGAACAAUUAAAACUCACGUCUGCUGUGUCAUCUUUAGAGGUGUUCCGAUUGAAUAUUACCAACAGGCAGUGUGGUGUGUCUACAAAAGUAGCCUUCACCGCGGGUAUAACGUCUCAGGACACUUUAUGGAGUGGAAGUACACUGGUUUUCUCUAAAAUAAUAUUUAAUAGAGGAGGAGGUUACAACCCCACUACAGGGAUGUUCACGGCCCCCGUGGACGGGCACUACGUCUUCUUCGUCAGUGUACAAAGUUAUGAUACAAAGGACAUGAUGGUGGACAUUGUAUUGAAUGGAGAAUCCAAGUCAGACCAAUGGCAUUCGACUAUGCUAAUAAGGAUUAUUACGAGACAGGAGUUAACCUGGUUGUGUUAAGGCUAAAUCAUGGAGACAAAGUGUGGGUCAAACGUAAUACUGGCACCGGAUACUAUUCCAACUCUGUACCAAUCACAACCUUCUCUGGAUUCCUUUGGUAAAAAAAAUACAAUAAGGAAAGGAUGAAGACAGUGGUCUUUAUGGUAUAGUUAUAAGAUGUUCACAAGUUUUUCUUAAAGUCGAUUUUUUUUUUACAUAAAAGAUUCCCCGAAAAUAUUCCGAUACGUACAGUUGGUUUCAGUCAAGUAUGAUAUGCAUGUGUUGGAUAGAGGUUCCAAAAUGAAUGAAUUAACUAUUUGAUGCUGCUUCCUUUAAAAAAAAUGAGAACAUUGUGAUUUAUUUGUCUUGUAUAUAAACUUUUUUUUUUAAAAUUUGUAUAAUCAUGGGUCUUCUAAUUUUAUCAGCUUUGUGAUUUUUAAAUGAGUAUUCAACUGCGAUACAUAUAUAUCAAGAACUUGGAAUAAA